CGAGACCAUAAUUUCUAACUAACUCCUAGAUUUUUCAAUUUUGUGUGCUAUGUAUUUUCUAUUUGAUCAGACUUAUGGUUUUCGCACAGCAUAUGAUUGAAAAUGGGAAAAAUCCCAUAGACUUACAUUGACAGAAUGUUCAUGGCCAACAGAAUGCUCGUUAAUUUGAAAUUGUACUGUUAAAAAUUCAAAUGUGAACAAACCCACAAAAGGCCUUUAAUCAGUUUUAAGUCUCUCUCUCUCUCUCUGACAGUUUAUAUGUGAGCCUGGCUAUCUAUCUAGCAACUAGCUAGCUGCUUUUUAUUUUUAUUUUUUUUAUUUAUUAUUAUUAUCUCCUUUUCUCCCAAUUUUGAAUGCCCAAUUCCCACUACUUAGUAGGUGCUUGUGGUGGCGUGGUUACUCACCUCAAUCGGGGUGGUGGAGGACAAGUCUCAGUUGCCUCUGCUUCUGAGACGGUCAGUCUGCACAUCUUGUCACGUGGCUCGCUGUGCAUGACACCGCGGAGACUCCGCAUGUGGAGGCUCAUGCUACUCUCCGCGAUCCACGCACAACUUACCACGCGCCCCAUUGAGAGCGAGAACCCCUAAUCACGAUCACGAGGAGGUUACCCCAUGUCACUCUACCUUCCCUAGCAACCGGGCCAAUUUGGUUGCUUAGGAGACCUGGCUGGAGUCACUCAGCAUGCCCUGAAUUCGAACUCGCAACUCCAGGGGUGGUGGUCAGCAUCAAUACUCGCUGAGCUACCCAGGCCCCGCUAGCUGCUUAUCUUAACUAAUCAAGAGCAUGGAGAAGAAGCAACCCUCCAAGGAGGUGGAGGAGGUUGCGAAUUGCAGUGCAUCAGUCCGGUCACAGAGGCAGCGGGAGCGGCAUGGGAAGCUUCCAAGGAGACGUAAAGAGGAGAAGAGGACUCUUCGGAAGGCAGAAUGUCCAGAACAACUGUCAGGGCAAAGUGAACAACGCUGGUUGCCUGAGCAGCACGGGUCCUCAGCUGAGGAGACUGCAGAGAGUUCCCCCAAAAGAUGGGAUGGAUGCAGACGAGGACACUUUCUUCAUGGACCAUAUCCUGCUACUCAUUUUGGACCCAAAGCUUGCAUUCUCCCCAACCCGACCUCAGUCAUGCUUAUUCAGGAUCCAGCCAGCCAGCGUCUCACAUGGAACAAACCCCCACUCAAUGUCCUGGUCAUCAGAAAGAUCAGAGACGAGGGCCUGCUGGAGCCAUUCAAAGAGCUUUGCAGGUUCCUUGUAGAGGAGAAACACCUGAUGGUUUAUGUGGAGAAGAAAGUUGUGGACGAUGCCGCUCUCAUGAAGGAUGAGUCAUUUUCAGCCAUCCGCAAUCAGCUGUGCACAUUCAGGGAAGGGUACGACGACAUCUCGGACUGCGUAGAUCUGAUUAUUUGUUUGGGUGGGGAUGGAACUCUGCUAUAUGCAUCCUCCCUUUUCCAGGGCAGUGUUCCCCCAGUCAUGGCGUUCCAUCUGGGCUCUUUAGGAUUCCUCACGCCAUUCAAGUUUGAGUCCUUUAAAACAGAGGUGGAUAAGGUUUUUGAAGGUAAUGCAGCUAUCAUACUGCGCAGUCGUCUGAAGGUGAAGGUCGUGAAAGGCAUGUUUCAGAGGAGUGAGCAGCAUUUAGGCGUUGAGGAAAAUGGUAUAAUGCCUCAUAACCAUGUAAACAGCGAGGCAGGAAAGAUCACACUGCAGUUACAGGUGCUUAACGAGGUAGUGGUGGACAGAGGACCCUCCUCCUACCUGUCUAAUGUUGACCUUUACCUGAAUGGACGCCUCAUCACAUCUGUGCAGGGAGAUGGUGUAAUCGUAUCCACCCCCACAGGCAGCACGGCCUAUGCUGCUGCAGCAGGAGCCUCCAUGAUCCAUCCCAAUGUUCCUGCUAUUAUGGUCACCCCCAUCUGCCCUCACUCUCUCUCCUUUAGACCCAUCGUGGUGCCUGCUGGCGUGGAGCUUAUGAUAACGCUGUCCCCUGAUGCUCGCAACACAGCCUGGGUGUCGUUUGAUGGCAGAAAGAGGCAGGAGAUCCAACAUGGGGACAGCAUUAAGAUCACAACGUCCUGUUAUCCAGUUCCAUCUAUCUGUUGUCGUGACCUGGUGUAUGACUGGUUUGAGAGUCUGGCUCAGUGCCUCCACUGGAAUGUCCGCAAGAAGCAAACACGCCUAACAGACGCAAGUGAUUCUUCAGACAAUGAGAACUGACAUAUCAUCAUUUUAAACACAGUUAAAGGGAUAGUUUACCAAAAAAGUAAAAGUUCUGUCAUCAUGUACUUAGCCUCAUGUUGUUCCAAACCCCUAUGAUUUUUUUUUUAAUUCCAUGAAACGCAAAAGGAAAACUUUUGAAGAAUAUUCAGGUCAUUUAUUUUUGAAUGAAUCGUUCUUUUGGGUCAGAUCUUUUCAAUGAAUCUGUUCAUUUGUGAAUGUAUCAUUUGUUUACGAAUCAGAGAUCCGGUUCUUGAGCUCAACUCGCUGACUGGUAACAGCUCUCUAAAGGAGAAGAUUAUCAGUGAAUAAGGCCUUACAUUCUAGUCUGUUCCUCACACAAUGCUAUUUUAUGGCCUGAGAAGACUUGUAUUUAAUGCACGGGUAUGGUAGUAGUGGUAAUGUGUGUUUUUGUUUUUGUUUUUUUUUUUUAAAUCAAGGUACAUUGUUUUAGGAAAGUGUGUCUUGAGCCUGUGCUAUAAUGUUCUAAGUCCUUUCACAUGCGUACAGUCACAUGCAAUAAUAAUCAAAGCUAGUUUACCAAACUGGGAAUGUGAAUGGACAGUUCUCUCUGGGUAAUACUUUUUUGGGGCUCUUGUGUCCUUUUUGAAACUUGAAUGUUUCAGUCCCCAUUCUUUUUAAUUGCAUGGAAAAAUCGAACUGUACAUUCCUCAGUUUCUUCUUUUGUGUACAACGGAAGAAAGAACAUUGGUUUGGAACAACAAAUUGUUGAAUAAUUUUGACAGAAUUUUCAUUCAUGGGUGAGCUAUCCCUUUAACUGUGAUGCAUCGCAAAUCAAACAUUCCAAGACAUUUGAGAUUUCCAUCCUGACUCCCAAACAAGUCAUGGUUUGAAGAGACCCUGUUGGUCUUUCUAAGGUGGAUUGGAGGUGCAAUUGUCAUAAAUUGUUAUACCAACAAAGGGCACGCCUGUAUAAAUGUAGAGCUAAAUUAUGUAAACAAAAUCCUCCACCACCCUCUUAAACUUGCAAUACUGAUGUAGAAGAAAAUGUAUUGUGAUCCUGUUCUUAAAGGGACAGUUCACCCUCAUGUUGUUCCAAACCUGUAUGACUUUGUUUUCAUUGACAGAAUAUUAGCCUCGGUCACCAUUCAUGUCUGAAGCUGUCAGUCUUUAACAUUCUUUCCAACAUUUCCAUCUCGUUUUGUGUUCCACAGAAAAAAGGCAUAAGGUUUUGGAGUGGCAUGAGGGAGAUUCAGUGAUGAAAUAAUUUAAAUUUUUGGGAGAACUGUUCCUUUAUUGUAACACCAUGCCUUUUGAGCAAGUAUCCUGUGUUGAUCUAUAGCUGCAAUCACAGCUGUUCCUUUCUUCUCAUGCAGUAUGUUUGCCUAUUGGGAAAUAUUGCCAGUACAUUUUGUUUGCUCUUGCCCUUCUCAAAAUCAUUCAGAAAACAAACUACAUUGAAAUCCUGUUUGACAGGCUUUUUGAGUAGUUGGCCAGCACUUGCUACUAUUUGGUUUCUAUUCAAGUUGGCCCACCUAUGUUACAUUAAUAUUCUUGUCAAGUCGGACUUCUUAGUCAUACACAGUGGGUAUGGUAUUACCCACACAUUUCUUAUGAAAGAACAUUGGGGCCUCCCUGUGGUGGAAUAGGAUAGUGUUAAACAUAUAGUUUCAUUUUACACUCAGAACCACAAUACUACAAUCUAUUAUAUAUAUAUAUAUUAUAAUUUCAUUCCACUUUAUCUUUUAUUUUCAUGCUAAUAGACAGUAACACUGACUGAGCUGCAGUUUAUUAAAUCUACAAAUACAUUGUGUUUUGCAUUUCUCAGUAGCUAUUACUGGCCCUACAAGGUCACUGCAUUUAAGUUAUUGCACAAGAACUAGUAUAUCUGAAUUAAUGUAGGUUAUUUUAAUGUGUUUACAUUUUGAUGUAAAUAAGAGAUCCUAUGACACGUAUUCAUUCUGUUUGUAAUAUUGCAAUAAAUAACAUUAAUACCUUU